ACGACAAAGGUUACCGCCAAGCUGGUAGAUGAGAGACAAAAGGCGACCUCCAUUGCCCACCCAGCCUGCAUUCGCACACGUUACUCGCCAGACAUGCCUCUUUGGGCACAAUAUGACGAUUUGCGAAUCCCUACAGCUGUGGUCAAGCCCUCCGUUCAAAUAUAUGUCGCAGGAUGUGGUUCAGCUCCAUGCAGCCUCACGAGCACACUGGGAAUAUUUAACAUCUGCAUUUGGGUACCUACCUCUAAAUAUGGUGAUUCCCAGCGCCAGCAAUAUUGAGCUCAUAACUCACCGAACAGCUGUUACGAGAAGGCACUAUACAAGUAACGGCCGGCGUGUAGGAGGGCAACAAGCAUCUCACAUAGCGCUCAAUAGGUAUUUUAUCCUCCCGUGGUUCGCUUUACUGCGAUGGAGGAGACUUUCCAGGGUCCCGGUGUUUAGCCCACCAUUGUUACUGUGCGGAGUGCUCCAUUGCACAAAGAGAACUCCAUCAGACGGCCGGGCUUCCGGACUGUCGGGCAUGAAGGUCCCCGUACGAACUUCUGUGUUCAUUGGUUCUCACAAAAUCUUGAAAAAAAUUGAUGGAUCUGGUGGUGACGAUAGGGGUGCAGUUUGGCUAGGCUGCUAGGGUACUCUAGCUACUCUAGCUUGCUUCACAGGGUUGGUGAGACUGGCGGGAUUUUUUUACAUACAGAACAUGGAAGAGCGGCGGGGUUAGUGUUCACCAACCCGGGCUUCGUAGCACCCCGCGCCUUCCCCGUGGCCUUGGGACAUCGUCCCGUUUGUCCGUUCUCCCGAGCUUGUGGAUAGGCAUCUCUAUCAUGAAAUUUUCCCAUGCAAUGAUGCAACACGCUUUACAGAAAUGUGGUCCAGCAGAGACGGUGAGAGAAUCCCUAUCUCGGAUAUAACAUGAUGCGGCUUGUGUGGACAAUGAGAGGACUUGUCUUUUGUUGCAUCGUUUGCUCAGAGUCAGCGCAACUUCGUAUCGAUGGAUAGUGUCGAGGUCAGCGUGACCACCAUCACUUUGACGCCCAUUUCGCGCAAUACGAAGCUGACGGCUUGCCCUUUUGGGGAACUGAGAAAGGGCAUGACCCAAUCACAAUUUUUUGAUCCUACACAACCCCCUUGCUUUCAAAAUAUUCGCCGUCGACGUUUCGACAGUUGAAACGCACGCUCAACACAAAGCCGAUGAACAACAGGGAGAUAAACCUUGUAUGGUUAGUUCUUCUUCGAAAGUUACACCAAUAUUCAAUACAAAAAGACUUCUUUCGACGUGCGAGUCGCACGUAUCCGGGUAGACCAUCAAGAGACGAAGAGCCUACUCUGGCCACCUGCAAUUGGGUUGCACGACGCGGUGUAAGGAGUGUGGGAUGGAUGGCUUUAGUUAGCGAUCACACUGACUGAAGAAGAUCGCUACUACUUCAAUAUCAACCCCGUGGGGACGGACCUAUGUGAGGUUUUUCCCUUCUC